GAGUAAACGCGCUCCGUCCUGUGGUGUUCUCAGUCUCGUAUCUAUGGAGUUCCCGAAGGGCCGCGGAGGCUACUGUCAGGCCCAGCACGGCCUUCCCGAGGCCAAGUGAACCGACGACGGUCCUCGCUGGGCCCCGGGAAGCCCCUCCCCCCGGAAGCGCGGCGCCCGGCCCGGAAGCCCGCCGGAAGCGUUUGGUGGGACUUCCGACGGGGACGGGGAGACCUCCGCCCGCUCCUUCAUGUGACUCAAGGUGCCGGAACUGGAGGGCUGCUGCCACAUGGCCUUUGGCUUCCGGCCCCUCCUAACUUCCUGUGCAGAGCGCUGCGAGUUCCCGGCGGACUGCACUACACUUCAGUGUCUCGGCCUCCCUUCCGUGUUCGGACAAGUUCUCUCAUAACUGCAUUGAUCGUUUGCUUAAAGCUAGAUGACCAUGGCGCCCAUGAACCGCCCAGCUCCUGUGGAGGUCACCUACAGGAACAUGCGAUUUCUCAUUACACACAAUCCAACCAGUGCGACGUUAAGCAGGUUUAUAGAGGAACUGAAGAAAUACGGGGUGACCACGAUAGUAAGAUUGUGUGAAGCAACUUAUGAUACUGCUCUGGUAGAGAAAGAAGGCAUCCAGGUUCUAGAUUGGCCUUUUGAUGAUGGUUCAUCACCGUCCAAACAGAUUGUCGAUGAUUGGUUACAUCUGGUUAACAUUCAGUUUCGUAAAGAACCUGGCUGUUGUAUUGCUGUUCACUGUGUUGCAGGCCUCGGGAGAACUCCAGUGCUUGUUGCCCUAGCAUUGAUCGAAAGUGGAAUGAAAUAUGAAGAUGCAGUACAGUUUAUAAGACAAAAACGACGUGGAGCUUUUAACAGCAAACAACUUUUGUAUUUGGAGAAAUAUCGUUCUAAGAUGCGCCUGCGAUUCAAAGACUCUAGUGGUCACAGAAACAACUGUUGUGUUCAAUAAAAUUUGGCUGCUAUUGUGCCAUGGGUGUUGAACUCGAGACGAUACCUAAUGUAGCUACGUAUUAAAUAACAUUUGGGCUUAAUGAAAAUUUCUUAGCAAUAUUGAAAAGUCACAGCUUGACAGAAGAGUAACCAACCGUUGUUUUGCUUACUACUAUCUUGGGCCAGAAACAAUAUGUCAGGUAUUCACUGAGGGUAGGUGCCAAAGAUAGCCAACACAAUAUUUGUAUAUUUUUAGUUACACAGAAUUUAAAUCUCAGGAACCAUAAACAACAUUCUAGACCUUAUGUGAGUUAUUCAUGUCAAACACCGCAAGUUGAACUUAUUUUCCGGAUUCACAUAGGUACUAGUGUACAUUGGGUUUGUGCAAUAGUUGAUUUCUUGGAUCUUUAAUCUUAUGACUACCUAAUGCCUUUCUAUAAGACUAAUUUUAUGUUAUUGUGAUACCUCCAUUUUGAAAAAAGAACUUCUAGUUAAAAGUUUGUCCAAGAUCCACAUUGUACUGAAGUGUGUGUGUUUGAUGUCUUCAUAUAUAAAAGCUUCACAGUAAAUAUUUUAUGUGCAACUUAACAGGAAGGGCCUGAAAGACAGAAUGGGAGAGGACUAAGAUGUAUUUUUAGUGAAGUGUUGCCUUUGUCUUAUUCAGGGUGUAUAGGAUAGACUCUUUAGUAGACAUCUUUUAAAGAGUAGAGACACUGUAGCUAUAAUGCUUCCAAAUUUCUAAAAUUCUUGUAAUUCUUCAUAGCUAUUGGAAAAUGCAUAUUACUUGGGUUUGAAGUUCAAUGUUUCCUUUCUUUCUCCUAACCAAAACAGGAGUAGCCUUCUACCAAUGAAUUGCACACGUCAUAUUUUAUGUAUUGUUUAAACUGUGUACCAGUGUUAGGAUACUUUAUAAUUAGUUUUAUUAUGAAGUUGAUAAAAUUAUCUGUUUUAAUGUUAGUUCAACUAUUUCCUUACUGUCUGAGAGCCAAAGGUAGGAGAUCUAUGGGAGAAAUAAUUUGUUAAC